AUGAUUAGCGAAGGACGAAACAACCGUCUCAUCGACAACUGGAAAUGUCUCCUCAUCUGCUGUGCGGUCAGCAUGGCAAACUGUCAAUAUGGCUUUGAUACCGCUGCAGUUGCCGGGUUCCAGGCCAUGAUCGGCUUCCUCGAAGUCUUUGGCUACAAGGACCCCAAGGUCAAAUCGGGAUGGAAUAUCAACACCAAGCCUCAACAGCUGAUUUCAAGCUUCCUCAAUGUCGGCACCAUCGUCGCGGUGCUCCUGGGCGGCCCCUUUGCGCAUAGAUUUGGUCGCAAACCAGCCAUCUGGAUCGCGUCCCUCAUAUCGAUGGUGGCAUGUGGUGUCCAGGUCGGAGCGAACAGUCUUGCAGGUCUCUAUGCCGGAAGGAUUCUCCUCGGAUUGGGAAAUGGGUGGUUCAUCCUGUUCUCGAACGUUGCGUGUGUCGAAUACGCCCCUCCACAGCAUCGAGCCGUCCUGGCCUCGUUCUUCGGUUUUUGGGUGAACCUGGGGAGCAUCCUCGGGGCCGUUGCCGACAACUACAGCAAAAACUUGCACAGCAGAUUGGCAUACCAGAUUCCGCUGGCUUCGUUGUUCGCAAUCCCAUUCCUGCUCAGCAUCUUCAUGUUUUUCGUGCCCGAGUCGCCCCGAUGGCUUCUCAUGCACAACAGGCCAGAAGAAGCUCGUAGAGCAUUAGAGCGGCUUCGGGGGAGAUCGCUCAAGCCCGAGCUCAUCAACGAGGAAUUCAUCGAGAUGCAGAGAGGUAUUGAGCAGGAAAAGGAGCUGGCGUCGUCAGCAUCGGUGCUGGACAUGUUCAAGGGAACCGAUCGCCGACGGACCAUCCUGGCAGCAGGAGCCAUCGCAUCGCAUGCGGCGUCUGGCGUCUGGUUCACCAUCUCGUACAGCACUUUCUUCUACCAAAUGGCCGGCAUCGACAAGCCAUUCCAAGCUACCAUUCUGCAGAACUGCCUCGGGCUGAUCGGCGCCAUGUGUGGAAUGUUUCUCAUGCACAAAGUCUUCGGUCGCCGCUCCAUGCUUCUAAUCGGCGCUGCUGGCUGCUGUAUUUGCAUGCUGGUUAUCGGUCUGUUGAGCCUUGCCGGCCAUGGAAAGAGCGCCGGUCAAGCGCUUGUGGGUUUCGCCCUCAUGUUCAGCUUCUUCUACAACGGCUUCACCGGCACCAUCACCUGGCCGAUUGCCGGUGAACUUGUCAGCUCCCGCCUGCGAGUCUUCAGUGUCGGUCUCGGCACUGGGAUCAACUACUUCUUCAACUGGUUGAUCUCGUACUGCACCCCAUAUUUCCUGAACUCGAACAACCUGAACUGGGGCGCCAAGUACGGCUACAUCUGGGCCGGCUCCAACGCCGUGGCAUUUGUGUUUUUCUUCCUCUUGAUCCCAGAGACCAAGGGCCGUUCGCUGGAGGAGAUUGAUGAGAUGUUCAUCAACAAGGUCCCGCGCAGUCAAUUCAAGACGUACCAGUGCGUGUCGUCAGAGCGGGCGCGCGAAAUCGCCGUCAAGGAGCUGGACGAAGUGAGCAAGAGUGGCGCAAUCGUGCAUGAGGAGAGGGUCUGA